UAGCCGGCAGGCAGCAGCGCUGCAGUGGCGGCCACUGCCGGGUGCCCCGACGGGAGGGGCUCCGGAUCGCUGGGAGGCGGCCGAACCCCUGCGGCCCCGCCGCCGGCGGAGGCCCCAUGAGUCGGGGGACGAUGCUUCAGCCCGGAGCGUGGCCGGGGGAGAGCUGUGCCGAGAAGCCGGCGCGGGAGGCGGGGGCCGCGGCGCUGGAGGGCGAGAAAGCUGUGGCCGGGGGGCAGCCGCGAGCCGCGGUGCGGUGCCCGGCCGAGCACGAGGAGGACAUGUAUCGUGCGGCGGAUGAAAUAGAAAAGGAGAAAGAAUUACUUAUACAUGAAAGAGGGUCAUCAGAACCCAGAUUAAGUGUAGCUCCUGAAAUGGAUAUCAUGGACUAUUGCAAAAAAGAAUGGAGGGGAAAUACGCAAAAAGCAACAUGUAUGAAAAAGGGCUACGAGGAGGUGUCUCAGAAAUUCACCUCCAUCAGGCGAGUCCGUGGAGAUAAUUACUGCGCGCUGAGGGCCACGCUCUUCCAGGCCAUGAGCCAGCCAGCCGCGCUGCCCUCCUGGCUGCAGGACCCGGAGCUCACGCUGUUACCAGAAAAACUCAUAAGCAAAUACAGCUGGAUCAAGCAGUGGAAGCUUGGACUGAAGUUUGAGGGGAAGAGCGAGGCCCUGGUUGAUAAAAUUAAGGAGUCCCUCACUUUACUGAGGAAGAAGUGGACAGGCUUGGCUGAACUGAGAACUGCUGAAGCGAGGCAGAUAGCUUGUGAUGAACUGUUCACGAAUGAAGAAGAGGAGUACAGCCUCUACGAAGCUGUAAAAUUUCUAAUGCUAAACAGAGCCAUCGAACUAUAUGAUGAUAAAGAGAAGGGAAAGGAAGUACCAUUUUUCUCUGUGCUUCUGUUUGCUCGGGAUACGUCAAAUGACCCCGGACAGCUGCUGAGGAACCAUCUCAACCAGGUGGGACACACCGGUGGCCUUGAACAGGUUGAGAUGUUCCUUCUCGCCUACGCCGUGCGCCACGCCAUUCAGGUGUACCGGCUCUCCAAGUACAGCACCGAAGAGUUCGUCACCGUCUAUCCCACCGACCCCCCCGGGGACUGGCCGGUGGUGACCCUGAUCGCCGAGGAUGAUCGGCACUACAACAUCCCCGUCAGAGUGUGCGAGGAGACGAGUCUGUGAGACACGCUCGGGCGGCCCGGCGACUCGGCCAAGGUGCACCGGCGGCUCCUCGGCUCGGGCCUCGGGCCCGCAGGCCCCUUGGGGUGAGCUCUGAGCACUCUUGGGCCCUGUGAGCCAAGCUGGGCUGGAAUGCUCUGAAGACUAGCUUUUGAUAAUCAGAAUUAAUCAAGUUUUUUCCCUCACCUAUGAUGCAAUAUGUUUCACUGGGGGCCUUCAGAGCACACCUGUUGACAGGUGCAAACUGCAUCUCCAUAAAACAAACACAUUUGUAUCAGCGGAGACUUACUCUGGAGAGGAAAAUACGCUCAGAGCUCUCUCUAGUCGUAAACUGGCUUUCCGUUGUUUUUGAAGAUGGUAAUUUUUUUGUUUUGGUGGUAACGGGUCUCUGCAGUGCCCUUCCUGUGCACCUAUGCAGUCUGCUUACAUGGUAGGGUUCUGGGACAAAGCCUGCCAGUGGCCCAGCUGUAACAUCCUCUGAUAGUCUCAUCGAGCAGUGGUUUGGAUUUACACGUUAAUUAAAGCUCUUCUAAGCAGAUUGUCUAAUGGAAGGUUAGGAACUGGGUCCCCAGUAGUGAGUUAUUUAAAGGCUGGAGAAGGAGCUGCAGGGAGAGGCAGUGGCAGCAGGACGUCCUGGCUCUGAAGAACGUGACAGGCGCCUGCGGUUGGG